CCCCUAGGCACUCUUCCCUCCUUAACCCUGCCUCCUCCUUUUCCCUAAGGCACUCUUCCCUCCUUAAUUCCACCUCCUCCUUUCCCCUAAGGCACUCUUCCCUCCUUAACCCCACCUCCUCCUUUCUCCUAAGGCACUCUUCCCUCCUUAACCCCACCUCCUCCUUUCUCCUAAGGCACUCUUCCCUCCUUAACCCCGCCUCCUCCUUUCCCCUAAGGCACUCUUCCCUCCUUAACCCCACCUCCUCCUUUCCCCUAAGGCACUCUUCCCUCCUUAACCCCACCUCCUCCUUUCUCCUAAGGCACUCUUCCCUCCUUAACCCCACCUCCUCCUUUCUCCUAAGGCACUCUUCCCUCCUUAACCCCGCCUCCUCCUUUCCCCUAAGGCACUCUUCCCUCCUUAACCCCACCUCCUCCUUUCCCCUAGGCACUGUUCUCUGCCUGCUCCCAGCCUGUUUUCACUGGCAGCCAGUUCACCCUGAUCACGCGCCGUUUUGCUGCUUUGAGGCCACUAUAGGGGGACAGGAACUAAAGUCACAGUCUGUCUGUCUUUUUCUGUCUGUCGCACUGCAGCACAGCCAAACAUGUGCAGGCUGUAAACAAACCACAUACACCUGCUUGCCCUGCAAGGUGUUUUGCGGUCUGCAUUUAAACCCUGUGCUCCAUUCCAUGCUUGGUGUGUCCUGUUUGUUACAUGCAUUAGUCUGCGUGGCACUGUGUCUAUAUGGAGUGCAGUUUGCCUGUCAAAUGUCUGUCCGUCUGUGGGUGUGGGGAGCAGGAUACAGACGCCGUGCAGCGUCAUGCACCGUCAUAUAGCCGCCCGUCCCGCUCUCGUCACGGCACCUUGCCAAGCUCCACCAUUUAUUGACUAGGAAUAUAAUGAAGUAAUUUGUCUGCUUUUAACAACAUUCAACCUGUACACACAUCUACCAAACCGAGUGGCAGUCGACAGGCUGGUUUUCGGCUGGGUAGGUUGCUUAAAAACGUCCCAAACUCCACUUUUCUGGCCGACCGGAGAGGACUGACGGAAGCGGCUGAUGGCAGGCAGGUUUGGGAAGUCAUCCAUGUUUUCUUUUUGCUUUGUUGCUCAUUUUCUGGUGCUGCUGGUUCACUAUGCUGUUCUAGGAUCAUAAUCAACAACCCUGAACCAAUCAGGACAGAGUAUCUGCCAAACAGUGUAUAUUAAUCCGUCUUUAACAGGGGUGGCCAAUCUUACCACAGAGGGCCAGUGUGUAUGCAGGUUUUUUGGGGGAACCUUUAGGUCAGCCAUUCAGACCCAGGUGUGAGGACUCUUUAGCCAAUCAGUCCUCUAAUUAGUGACCUAAUGGGAGUUGCAGUGAGAACCUGCAGACACAGCGUCCCUUUCUAGGUAUGACUGCUCACCCCUGAUCUACAGUAUUAUAGAUGGAUAGUCAAUAGACCUUGUAUUCUGAUUGCCAAAUUAAAGCUAAAAUUUUACUCCAAAGUCUGAUCCUGUACUACCCGCUAUUCAGUCCUGAGGCCACAAUGUGGCAGGCCUCAGUGAUUGUGUAUAAGUCACAAUCAACACCACUAGCAGCCAUGAAACCUCCCACAUUUGUUCAUCUGGGCAGCCAACCCAAGGUCGUCUGACAUGCUGCCAGCUCAGAGCUGCAGUGUCCUGUCGGGCUGAUAAUUACUGCCGCCUCAGACACUUGCUGGCUGCCAUUUUGGCCCGCUGUGGCUCAUGGAUUGAAGUGGGGGCGGAUUUUCCCAAAAGCGAAGCAGGCUCUGCCGUCUGGAGGCCUUCCAUGCAACCAUGCCCAAGUCUGUGUCCAGUCUGUGUCCAGUGAUUCCGGCCUGGGCGUGGUAGUCAGCUCUCAGUUUACUGCUACUAUAUCAGAGCUCAGCUAGAACUGCCUGGCACUCUAGUUCCAUUCUUGACCAGCAGAUGUUGUAGUAGUUAAAGGACUUAAGAUGUUGUAGGGGCUACUCCCUGGUAGGACCCCACUAAUGGACGGGUACAGAAGUGCCUGAACUGCAGGUAUGGUCUGAUGUCCAAGUCUGAGGAAUAACCAACAUGUUAGUGGUUAAAGUGUACAGUCACAUUGUUCCUUUAGAAACAUCUCCUUUUGCUUCCAGUGUAAGAAGAUCGGCCCACCACAGCCCGGGCAUAUUAUGAAAUUAUGAUCCCACACCACCACAUACACCCACACCAAUACACACAGCACUGCACACACCCACACCGCCACACACAGCACCGCACACACCCACACCGCCACACACAGCACCGCACACACCCACACCGCCACACACAGCACUGCACACACCCACACCGCCACACACAGCACCGCACACACACACCCACACCGCCACACACAGCACCGCACACCGCCACACACACCACCGCACACCGCCACACACACCACCGCACACCGCCACACACACCACCGCACACACCCACACCGCCACACACAGCACCGCACACACCCACACCGCCACACACAGCACUGCACACCGCCACACACACCACCGCACACCGCCACACACACCACCGCCACACCGCCACACACACCACCGCACACACCACCGCACACACCCACACCGCCACACACAGCACCGCACACACCCACACCGCCACACACAGCACCGCACACACCCACACCGCCACACACAGCACCGCACACACCCACACCGCCACACACACCCACCAACACCCACAGCACCGCACACACCCACACCGCCACCGCACACACCCACACCGCCACACACAGCACUGCACACACCCACACCGCCACACACAGCACUGCACACACCCACACCGCCACACACAGCACUGCACACACCCACACCGCCACACACAGCACUGCACACACCCACACCGCCACACACAGCACUGCACACACACAGCACCACACACACCCACACACACCGCCACACACACCCACACACAACACACACACCGCCACACACACCCACACACACACACAACACACACACCGCCACACACACCAACACACACACCCACACCGCCACCUGCACCAACACCCACACCACCAGCCACACAUACCCACCCUCACACCACCACACAUACCGACACCUGCACAUUCACACCUUCACCCCUACACCGCCACACUCUCACACUCGAGAAGCACUGCUCUGAUCUCGCUCUUAAAGGCAGCUCGCACCCUUACCUGGCUGAAACACAACUCUAUGGAAUUAUUGGCUAGUUAGAGGCAUCACAGGGAGCCUGCCGCUUUAACUGGGAUUGCUGGCUGUUCAAAGUGGCCUCAGCUUGUCACCUGCUCAUCUCCAAAUCGUCAUCUUGUCUGCCCCUGCCUCCUGUGGCUCGGCUCUGCAGGUGAG